CGCUCUUGGACAUCACUGAUACUUGAACUUUCAAACUAACGAGCAGAACAUCAUCUCAUCAUGGCCAUGGAACGCGUAAAGCAGUUGGCCUCUCAUCUCAUUAGCCCUUCUGGAGGGCGCGCGGUUUUGGAACGCAAGAAUCCAGAUGAUAUAGUCAUCACGUUGGCUAUCCGGUCACCGCUAUGCAAGGCCAAGUCUGGAGGGCUCAAGGACACGAGGAGCGAUGAGCUCCUGACCGAGAUGUUCAAGCAAGCCAUCUCGCACUCGAAGAUUGAUCCCUCCGUCAUCGGAGACAUCACUGUGGGCACUGUCCUCCCUCGCGCACCGAUGUACGAAGCCCGUUCCGCUGCUCUUGCUGCCGGCAUCCCCCAAUCCGUCCCCGUGCAGACCGUGAACCGGUUCUGCUCUUCGGGUCUCAUGGCCGUCACGAGCAUCGCGAACCAGAUUCGCGCAGGGCAAAUCAGCGUCGGGCUAGCUGUGGGCGUGGACAGCAUGACCUUCAACCCGGAUCAGGGCCCCGACCCAGCCAGCUCGGAGAUCUCGUGCCAUGCGACCGCCGCAGACGCGCUCAAGCCCAUGGGCUGGACGAGCGAGAACGUCGCGGGCGACUACAGCAUCUCGCGCGAGGACAUGGACGCGUUCGCCGCAGCUUCGUUCCAGCGCGCGGAGCGUGCCCAGAAUUCAGGCUGGUUCGAGAGCGAGAUCGUGCCGUUCCACGCAUUCAAGAAGGACCCGAAAACGGGCGAGCGCGAGGCGGUCGUGGUGAGCAGGGACGACGGGAUCAGGGCCGGGACGAAGAAGGAGGCGCUGUUGAAGAUCCGGUCCGCGUUCCCGCAGUGGGCGCCGUCUCAGACGACGGGAGGGAAUGCGAGCCAGAAUUCGGACGGCGCUGCGGCCGUGUUGUUGAUGACGCGGAGGAAGGCGGAGGAGCUGGGACAGCCGAUUCUGGGCAAGUAUGUGACGACGUCGGUCGCUGGACUCGCACCCCGUGUCAUGGGCAUCGGGCCCACAUACGCCAUUCCGAUGGUUUUGGAGGCAACGGGACUGACAAAAGAGGACGUCGACAUCUUUGAGAUCAACGAAGCUUUUGCGUCCAUGCUGGUUUACUGCGUGCGCACACUGGACCUCGACCAUGAAAAGGUCAACGUGAACGGCGGGGCAAUUGCUCUGGGACAUCCGCUAGGCUGCACAGGUGCCCGACAGGUUGUGACAGGGCUGAACGAGCUGAAGCGCCGAGGGGGGAAGGUGCUGGUGACGUCGAUGUGUAUCGGGACGGGCAUGGGUGCCGCGGCUGUGUUUAUCCGGGAGUAGCGCUGUAUCUGCAUAAUUCUACUCGUCCAUCGCCUUUGUUCCUACUAUUUUUGACGCCAUUUAACGUCUCGCAUCAUGG